CACUCACACACACACAAGCGCUCCUGACCGUUCAGCUGACAUGAACACACUGCUGCACCUCCUCUUGUUGGCGAGUCACGUCCUGGCAUCAGCGCACUCGUACGCAUCAGUGAUGCUCUCCCCCAGCCAGUGUCAGUAUUCUGAGUACGAGCGCGUCUCUGUGAGCUGUGGACACGUCGGUCCUGAUGGAUGGCGGGUGAGGAGAUCCACCACAUACGGGCUGAUGUCCUGGUGUGGGACGGAAUGGGGGACCCUUACGUCUGCGACCUGUGUCCUCGAUAUGGUCAAAGUGCAGGACAGUGGCGUGUAUUGGUGUGAGAACAAAUACGGAGACAGCAGCAAUGCCAUCAACCUCACAGUGACUGGUGGAUCAGUCAUCCUGCACGGUCCGGUCCUACCUGUUGCUGAGGGGUCUGAUGUGUCUCUGCGCUGUCAAUCAAACUCUAAAGACCUCCCAGCAAACUUCUACAAAGACCAGCGACUAAUCAGGACUGAGGCUUUGGGUCACAUGACCAUCCACCGUGUUUCCAAGUCCAGCGAAGGCAGCUACAGUUGUGACGUCAGGGGCCAUGGACAGUCGCCGCCCUGCUGGCUGCAGAUGGAAGCUGGACCUGUGUCUGUCACCAUGAACGUGAACCCCGGCUGGUCUCAGAUCUUUGAGUACAAGAGUCUGUCUCUGAGCUGUAUGGGCGGAGCCAAAGUUGACCAAUGGACAGUCAAAAGGUCCACAGUACUCAAUGGAAGAGUGUCCAGCUGUGGAGAGAUGUGGGGGACAGCCGGACCCUCCAACUGCACGCUCAACACUGCCAAAAAGUCAGACAGUGCCCUCUACUGGUGCGAGUCCGUUACUAGGCAACGUAGCCACUCUGCCUCCAUCACCGUGCACGAUGGACCCGUGAUCCUGCAGAGUCCAGUCCUGCCUGUGGUGGAAGGAUCUGACGUCCCUCUGCACUGUAAGACCCUGACACCACCUGACAACCUCCCAGCUGAGUUCUACAAGGACGGCUCCCUCAUCUGGACCGUUCCCUCUGGUCACAUGACCAUCCACCACGUUUCCAGGUCUGACGAAGGCUUGUACAGGUGCAAAGUCCAAAGCCGAGGAGAGUCGGCAGAGAGCUGGCUCCUGGUCCGAGCAUCCACAGGUCCAGUCCCAUCUGUGUGGAAACUGCUCUGUCACAUGGUGGCGCUCUGCCCUUACUGCAUCUCCACCGUCCUCAUGGUGUUGCUAUACCGAGACACGUGCAAAGGACCUCGUCACCCUGUCUCCACGGAAACAUGUGGUCCCAGCCCAGAUGAUGAGGAACCUAACCAGUCACAUCACCCUGUUGACAUGACCACGGUGCACCAUUUCUGCGCCUAAAGAAUGUCUCGCUUCCUGUAGAUGGUGUUUGUGCACCAGAACACAAACCUAAUUCCAAAAUGACAUGAAGUAUUUGUAUGAAGUAACACUGCCUCCUAGUGGCAGCAGCUCAACUUCAGAUAAACAUUCUGUUCGAAUGUGCAUGUUUAACUUCCUGCUGUUCUAACGAGUGCUGAACAUCAUCCGCUACGCUGACGACACGCCACUGUACUGAUUAAAAAAAA